AUGUGCUUCUCUGGAAUUGGUCAAAUCGUUUUCGGGAUCAUUAUGAUUGCCUGUUUUGUCCUCACAUGUGCAUCCAUGUUCUCAGAUAACUGGAGAACCUUCAAAAAUAAUGCGGAAGAUACAAUCAAAUCUGGAAUAUUCUCUUUCAAUUGUCAUAUACCUGGAUCAAAUGGGGCAGCACAAAGUUGUGACUCAAGUGAAUGGUGGAAUAGUCUCAAAACAUGGGAGAAAGUGACAGUCGUGGCGAUGUGUCUUGCAGUGGCUACAGAACUGCUGUGUCUUGCUUGGAAUCUCUUCGCUUGCUUUGCAUGUUGCUGCAAAAAGUACGUCAUCCAUCCACUCACGCUUUUUGCCACCUUGGUCGCUAUUUUCCUGGCUGUAGGUGUCAUUGUCUAUGGAGUGAAUAACAAGGAUGCUUUGGACAACGUCAACUUUAAUAAUGGAGAAUGGAAAAAGACCGAAGUUGGAUAUUCAUUCUAUCUGGCUGUGGUGGCUCUCGUGUUAGCUGUCGUGGAUAUUUUUGUCGCUGGAUUGACUGUUUGUUUGGCUGAGAAAUGUUGC